CUUUUGGCAGAUCCCAAAGCUCCAAAGUCCUCUCUGACUACAGUGGAAGCUAAGUAAAUAUCGUAAGGUGUUCCCAGUAAAGUUCUAGUUUUCCCAGAGAAUCAUGGCAGAAGGUGGAUUUGAUCCUUGCGAGUGCAUUUGCUCACAUGAACAUGCGAUGAGAAGACUGAUCAACCUGCUGCGACAAUCACAGUCAUACUGCACAGACACAGAAUGCCUUCAGGAAUUGCCAGGACCAAAUUCCUCCAGUGACAAUGGCAUCAGCUUUGCCAUGAUAAUGAUGGCCUGGGUGGUGAUUGCACUUGUGAGGCCUAGUAACCUGAGAGGAUCCAAUACAGCUGGAAAACCAACCAGUCCACAUAAUGGACAAGAGCCGCCAGCCCCACCUGUGGACUAGAGCUUUCAGUAUUGGAACAGUUCAGCAGCUCAAACCUUGCACGACCAAAUGAACGAAGUGACCAGAUUACUCCUAAAUCCCAUUCAAUACUGUUUUCUUUUCUCAUUUAAAUAAAGUAGAAUUAUCAGUCAGCAGUUAUCUUCAUGAACUGCUUUUAGCUACUUAAAUUUUAAGUUAAUUUUUGCUUUGUAUGUAAUUACCAUUUUUAGUAGGCGAUAAUUCAAUUAAAUGAUAAGGCGUUACAGGGGUUUUUUGGUUGUUACUGUAGCUGUGGAUGUUCCACUCAGCUUCUUUCUGUUACAGCAAUCUUAAUUUCUUUGCAGUGGUUUCUGGUAUCCAUUGAAGGAAAGUGAAAAUCCCUGUGCAUCUAUAAAAAUGGAAGGUUCUGAUCAUUCUUCAGAUUAAUCCCUAUUUUUUUUUCCUCUGGUAUAUUUUUGAGAAUUAUACUAUGGCUGCAAUCAUUAGUUUAGUGAUGUGGUGAAAAAAAAAAAAAGGAAAUUAUUUUAUAUUUGCCCUGAGUUCACAGCAGCUUUUAGUCAGGUCUUUGGACCACUAACAUAGUUUUCAGGGUUUUUGGCAAAAUCAUAGAUUGUCCACUAGAGUUCAAGUAUGUGUGUGUGUGUGCCAAGAAAUGAAUGUG